UAACAGAUAAAAAGGAGAAAAAGCCUGCCUGUUCUGAAAUAGUGAAUUCAGAGUCAAGUGCGGAGCAUGUGUACAAACUAAAGUCUACAAAGUUAUGUUUUCUCAAAAUAACUACAUGAGAGAUGGCCCCUCACGGGUUUCCAAUCUGCUUGACCAAGUACAUAGGUCACGAUUUGUUAUCCCAGUUCUGGGACUGCUAAAUGUUGUGCUGCUGGUGACUGCUGUGGUUCUGGGGAUUUACUGUAGCAAGACCCAGGAUGUAUACCUGCAACCUCUGCAGAGUUCAGAACACCUUCCCUACAUCCUGGAGCUCAACUACCUCCGGGAAAACCACAGCGAAGUGGUCAAAGCUACGAAGGCGGCUGAGUUGGCCUUGAGGCUGGAGGUGUCAAAGCAUGACGCCCUCAAAAAGCAGUUGGAGAAGCAGACCAGCCUCAACGAUGGCUCCCAGAGCCACAUUAACAGGGCUCGUGCGGAGAAGGACAAACUACUCGCUGCUGAUCAGCACAUGGGAAAGUCCUGCGGUCGUUGCCAGGAAGGCUGGGUUCUCCUAAAUACAAGCUGUUACUUCUUUUCCAACGUUCUAACGAACCAACCGAUCAAGAAAAACUGGCCAGAUAGCAGGCAGGACUGCAUCAGUCGAAAGGCAGAACUCGUGGUGAUAGAGAGCUGGGAGGAGCAGGACAUGUUGAACGACAACGUCCCAAAAAUAAACACAUCCGGUUGGUGGGCGAGUGGGUUUUGGAUGGGCUUGACGGAGAUCUCUGAGGACAACAGAUGGGUGUGGACUAACAACGUUACCCUCCAACCACCGUUCUACUGGAUCGAUGGGGAACCGAACAGGGAGGAUGAGAACUGUGCUGCUUUCUACCCGGGCAGAGAUGCAACACAUACGUGGUAUGAUGGACGCUGCCACGGACAUAUGUUUUACUGGAUGUGUGAGAUGAAGCUAAAUGAACAAUGAAACCCCUGAUUUGUCUCUUUGUGGAUAUAACGAUACAAUGGAAAAUCUACGUGUAUACAUCUUAUUAUAACUACAAGAAACUGAAUGGUUUUAUUGAUUGUUGAAAUGUAAUUAUUUGGUGAGUGCUGCAAGCAGCGCUCGACUAUUGUUAGGCUUUCUUCUUUCUUUCAUUCUUUAUUUUUUUAUUAUUCUCAACAAAUGUUGAGACCCUUUUCCUUUCACAAUUGGUCACCAAGAGACUCCAUUCCACUUUUAAAAUGUUCAUAUUAGCUUGGAAUCGCUCGCUACUAUCCAUUAUUUUAUUUGUUUUAAUUUUUAAGAUAUUCCACUUAAAUUAUUUUUAUAUUAAUUUAGGCUUUAGAAUAAUUAGUUUCAGUCAGUCUCAUUGACUUCCGUUUAGGCAAGAGCGUUGACUUUAUCACAGAAGCUAAACAUUGUGGACGUCGCAGAGCAUAAACACCGUCAAUAUUGGUCACCCUGGAGGAGGGCUGUGUCUGAGACCACCUGGGAAGCAAGGACUAUGGAGAUCGGAUCACAUCUUUCAGCAUGAAAAAAUAGAACAAACAUAUAAAAUUAAUCCUGUCGGGUAUGACUUUCAUUUCAUAAACAAAAAAGAUGAUUAUAUAUACUGUGAAUGCUAUAAUGCUGCAGAACAUCAAAAGACAGUAAUAAUAACAAUAUGCAUUAAUAAAAAAGCAUCACAUGGUUGAUUCUGGACAAGAAUUCUACAUAUAAAUCAUACUUACUACAGGCUGUCUAAUGGGAUUCUGUUUAAUCUAAAUUUAUGUGAAUAAUGGAUGCAGCUUUCCUCGGUUUGUCAAACCAACGGUUCCUCUCGCCCCAGAGGAAAGCUGCAAACUGUGUACUUAAGGGUGGACCCUGGUGGAUGCCCUGUGUUACUACGUCCCGAUCUCGCGGGAGAUAACACCCAAACACUGAGAUGGCAUCACAUCAUCACCCCUUUAAGUGUCCCCUGACUGAUACAGAUGACCAUAAGCAA